AUGCGCGCAUAUCUCAUCACUAUUUUGUUCGUUUUGGCGAUGGCUUGCAUUUAUGUUGCUGCUAAAGAAGGCGAGAAAAAAGAUGAUAAACCACCUGCAGAUACAAAACCCCCAGGAAGUGAACCAUCAUCGAGUGGAUCUGAAGAAUCUGGAAGUUCCGGAAAUUCAACUGGAAAGGGUGAGAAAAGUUCAGCUGGAAUGAUGGGAGUCGCUUCGAUUAUUUCAAUGGCAAUCUCUUAUUUGCUCGUCAAUUAUUUCUAA